GCCACUGAAUCCUUCCCGAGAAUUUCGAGUCCUGUCCUGCCCUGUCCUGCCCCCGAGCUGUGUGCUGUGUGUGUGCCCGCGAUCGGUGUCGCCCCGUCUUUUUGAGUCAGUUGAAACGUUGGAUUUGCUCUUUCGAAAGCAAUUGAAGUCGACGUCGCGUUCGCUGAGAUCUGCCGGCGUGAUUUCCACCUCCGUUGACGAGACACCCCCCCCUCUCUUUUUCUUUUUUCUUUUUCCUCCUCUUGAAAUACUAGGCGGAGAUCGAACUGAUGGAUGGUUACGUAUGGAUGUGGAUGAUGAUGGGCGUGCUUUCUCGAGGACGAUCCUGAUUGGUCUUAUAGUUGCUAGGAAAAGCGAAACUUCAACCGAUGCUAUUUGGUUGCUGGAAUCGACCUCUUUUAACCCAUAAUUUUUCGUUGUCUUUGCAAAGCUUUUUACUUGGUGGCAAUUGGACUCCUAUGGGCAGUGCUCUGUUGAAGUUUUUCUCGUCCACUUCAAGAAAAAGGUUGCGGACUUAGUGAUUUCCCCGUCGUAUCUGGACAUUCUUUGUCAUUUUCUCAUCCUAGAGCUCGAAGAUUGAUUGGAUUGAUGCCCGAUGCAGAGAUCACGCAGAGCUCUUCUGCAUAAGAGAGCUUUGGACAGGGCAACGAGUUGUCGAAGUCGAUUUUACAAACUUUCUUUGUCAUUAGUGUUCGUUCUAUGGGGCCUCGUGCUCCUUGUCAGCUUAUGGAUCAGCCGUGGUGAUGGCCACAGACAUGCUACCCCUAUCCUAGAGAUGGGCUAUAGAUUUUCAGAUGGAUCAGAGGAACUUCCAACAGCCGCAUCGCCUUUGGCUGAGGAAAUGUCAGGACAUCAUCAACAUAUUGGACUUGUUGAUAAACCGAUGUCACAAUCUUCUUUUGAUAGCAAUGGUGAUGCUGGAAUUAAGGUUCCCGAGGGCGAAAGUCAUUCUGCUAAAGGAAAUACAUGCAACUCUCCAACUACUAAAGAGUCCCCUGAGACUGAAAGUUUGGGUUCAAAUUAUGUAUCUAGAAAAGAUACUGUGGCAACAGACCGCCUAUCUCGUGCAGUGCCACUUGGUCUUGAUGAGUUCAAGAGCAAGAGUUACAGUUCUAAAAGCAAGUCAGGCACUGGUACAUCUGAAGGCAUCAUCCACAGGGUGGAGCCUGGGGGUGCAGAAUAUAAUUAUGCUUCUGCUGCAAAAGGAGCAAAGGUCUUGGCUUAUAACAAAGAAGCUAAGGGUGCUUCAAAUAUCUUAUGCCGGGACAGGGACAAAUACCUGAGAAACCCAUGUUCUGCAGAAGGGAAGUUUGUGGUCAUCGAACUUUCAGAAGAAACCUUGGUAGAUACGAUUGAAAUUGCAAAUUUUGAGCAUUACUCUUCCAAUCUCAAAGAAUUUGAACUUCUCGGCAGCUUGGUAUAUCCUACGGAUUCAUGGAUCAACCUUGGGAAUUUUACUGCUGCUAAUGUCAAACAGGCUCAGAUAUUUUCUCUUCCUGAACCGAAAUGGGUGAGAUAUCUGAAGUUGAAUCUCUUAAGUCACUAUGGCUAUGAAUUCUACUGUACAGUGAGCAUCCUUGAGGCUUAUGGAGUUGAUGCCAUUGAAAGAAUGCUGGAGGAUUUGAUUUCUGUUCCAGAAAACUCGCUUGCCAAUCAGGAAGAAAAUAACGAGAAGGAAGCAGAAUCAAUGCAGCCAGAAUCACCUAAUGCCGACGAUUUCUAUCAAGAUCUGGCUCAUGUAAUGGAAUCUGACAUUGUGCCGGAACAAAUCAAUGUAAAGCAUGACGUUCACAAGAAUUCACGGGACUCUGUAGAAGAGGGACGUCAGCAAAUUGGUAGAAUGCCUGGGGACACUGUCAUGAAGAUUUUGAUGCAAAAAGUCCGCUCCCUAGAUGUGAAUUUAUCAAUUUUGGAGCGUUAUCUGGAGGACUUGAAUUCUAGAUACGGAAAUAUCUUUAAAGAACUUGACGAGGACAUUGGAGAGAAGAAUCUACUUCUGGAAAACGUUAGAUCGGACAUUACUAUGCUCCUGGACAACAAGGAGGCUAUGAAUAAAGAUGUCGGUGAUCUUGUAGCUUGGAAAACUAUCGUUGCCAUGCAGCUAGAUAACCUGCUUAAGGAUAAUGCUCUUCUCAGAUCCGAGGUCGAGAUGGUGCGGAAGGAUCAAACGUCAAUCGAGAACAAGGGUAUUAUAGCAUUUCUGGUGUGCCUUAUUUUUGGUUUAGUAGCAGUUAUCAGGCUAUGUAUAGAUGCGGCAGUGGGUGUUUAUAGAGUGUUGAGUAGCGUUCAUACACCGGACAAGCCCGGGAAAUUUUGUUGCAUGAGCUCUUCCUGGCUUUUGAUGUUGUUCAGCUGUAGCACUGUAAUUUUCAUACUGUCAUUAUAGAUGAGGAAAAGAUUUACUUGUUAAGCUUC